AUGGCUCCCUCAGCAACAGAAGUCGAAGCCACAACCACCAUCCCCGUCCACCCAGGCAAGCAAGCAGCCACUUCUGCAAAGCCAUGGGUGAAGUCAACUGGUGCUUUGGACCAAUAUGAGCAUAUCGAAGUCACUCCAAUCAUUGGACGAGAGUACCCACACGUGAACCUCGUCUCUCUUCUCCAAGCAUCCAACUCCGAAGAACUCCUCCGAGAACUCUCACUCAUCAUCUCCCAACGCGGCGUAGUCUUCUUCCGCUCCCAAAACAACCUCACCGCGGACCUCCAAAAAGAACUAAUCCAAAAACUCGGCCUUGCCUCCGGGAAACCAUCCACUUCCGGUCUACACAUCCACCCAAUCCUCAACUCCGAGCGAGAAGGUUACCGUGUGAACGAUCCCGAAAUUUCCACCAUUGACUCGGAGCUCAACAAGAAACUCUACACCAACAACACUCGUCUUAAGCUCUCCACCGAGAAGCGCCAGAAUGCCGGUGGCUGGCACAGCGAUAUUGCAUUCGAACCCGUUCCGGCGGAUUACUCGAGCUUGAGACUCGUUAACCUGCCAAAGACUGGGGGAGAUACGCUGUGGGCAAGUGGAUAUGAGAUCUACGACCGCAUCUCUGCUCCGUAUCAGAAGUUUCUCGAGGGUUUGACUGCUACGUUUAGCCAACCAGGCUUCAUCGAAGCAGCUGAGAAAGGUGGAUUCAAGAUCUACGAAGGCGAGCGUGGUUCCCCAUUGAAUGUCGGGAAAGAGUUAACAGCCGUUCAUCCUGUUGUGAGAACUAACCCUGUUACGGGCUGGAAGAGCAUUUUCCCUGUCGGAGGCCACAUUUCGCAUAUCAAUGAUGUGACGAAGGAAGAGAGUGCAGCGCUGUUGAAGUGGUUUAAUCGCUUGUUGAUUGAUAACCAUGAUUUGCAGGUUCGGUUCAAAUGGCAGAAUUCGAACGAUGUGGCGAUCUGGGAUAAUAGGAGUGUGUUUCAUACCGCGACGUAUGAUAUUGAGGGGCAGGGUGAGAGGUAUGGGGUCAGGACUGUGAGUAUUGGGGAGAAGCCUUUCUUUGAUGCUGAGAGUAAGAGUCGUCAUGAGGAGUUGGCUGUUGCUGCUUGA